GUUACCAUGGUAACACCCAAACCAAAAAGGUGUGAUUUAUUUAUCGUCUCUCGGUUAAAGCCUGUCUACGGGGCGCAAACACCAUGGCCUUUUUCGGGUUAACGAAUCUCGGUUAUCAAUAUCCACUAGGCGAUAAAAUGCUCGUGAAUCCCAGAGGUGCGUUUCUUUCCCAGGGUAAGAGAAACUUCCUUUUGUUUGAACAAAUUUUUGUCAUUUAGCUCGAUAUGCUAAAGUUUGUCGACCAGGCUUUGAAAGUCCAUCGGUUGUAUCCCAUAUUAAAGUCACGGUGGGAGAUAAUAGCUUUAUAAGUAUGAACAAAUAAGAAUAUCCUUCUUAUUGAGGUCAACGAAAGUCCGGAAAGUAGCUUGUUAAAUCCGUACACAUUUCUGGGAUACGUAGAAUACGUAACAGGCACGUAGGCCUUACGUUUGCCAGUGACGAGGUGGGUUAAUUCGCAUGUGUUUUUACCAAAUUUGAGAUGAAACAAUCAAUAAAUUUCACCAAAUAAUCAUGAGGCAUCCAGUUUUUAUCAUGCUGUUGAAAAAAAGUCAUCAGACAACAAAGUUUUACACUCUCAAGGAGGGGAAAAUCUAAUGUUAUCUAGUCUUCAUGUCAUCAGCCACACUUUUAUAUGAUGAAAAUAAUGACCUGUAAGCUGCUGUUCUAACAUGUCUCUUUAGGUGUUGAAACUAACAACAAAAGAGGACUAGUUCUAUCACAUCAAGAAAAGCAGGAACCCAUGAGAUGCACAGAAACGUGCACCUCAUACCACCAGCCUACUCCCAUGAGCUCUGAUGUUCACCAUGGAAGCCAUGAGCGAUAUAAGGAGAUGGUCAGGCGGGUCCAAACACCCAGAAGUGAGAAAAACAAAGAAUAGAAAACAAAUAACAAAUAUGAGAUUAGUAAAGUACAUGAAUAACUUUGACACUGACACUGACACUAGAUUUGUAUCUCUUCCCCAGGCCCUAACCAGCUGUACAUCAUGCCUCUGACCGAAAGUCAGCAGUAUGGAUGGAUGUUAUCAGAAAGUUCUGAACCUUGGGCCAAGGUCAAACGGUUUCCUCGAAAAAACAGUGAGAUGACAAAGUAGGUGAUAAUCUUCAAAUGUAAUACUGCAUUUUUUUAAAACUGUAACUUUGUCUCAUAAUCCGCUUGUUGCUUUCACAGGUUUGUGAAGGAAAUGUCUUUGACAGACCCACAUUUCAGUCUGUUCUGACCGCGCCCCAUUCCCUUUUUUGCUCUUCCACACACAUGCUCACAAACUAGGAGGACCAUCAGUUUUGAUGUGAAGAUUAAACUGACAUUGAAAUAUCUUUCAUAUGUUUGUUUAGAUUUUUAGUUGUGAUUAAAGUAGGUAUCUUUUCUUUCGAUUAACAGAA